AUGAAUAAAAAUAUUAACGAAACUAACGAAAAAUUAGACAAUACUAAAUUAAUUGAGGAUAUCAAUAUUAGUGCUGGUGUACAAGAAAAAACCACUGAUAACUUUGAUGGAACAGACGAAACAGCACUUCCUACUAAAAAUGUGAUACAAAAGUCACCAUCCCUCACAAUUGCACGUUUUCCACCAUUUCCUGAUGUACAAAACCAGCAGCCAUCUUCGAAUAAUAACCAGUUCAAUCAAGAUACAAAACAAACAAAUAUUAAAGAAGAAAACAAUUGGGAAACAUGCUGUGAAUUGUUAGCUUGUUGUGUUAACUUUUGGGAAUGUUUCAUUAUUUGUUGUGAAUGUUUAACUUUAUCACUAAAUACAACUCUCACCAAGGUACACGUAAAAACGAAAGGACAAACCUUGAUGAUUCUGGAUAUAGAUGAGAUCGUGAGGGAAGAAGAUAUACGACAAGUGCUAAAAAGGAAAAUAAACAACGAGAACAACUUUGUGGAUGCGUCCCAGGUUAAACUGGCAGAAAAACCUAAUAAAAAUGGGUACAUAUAUGCAUUUGUAACAAUGCAGCCGGAUGCGGCUAGUUACAUAACAAGGAAGAAAAAGAUUGGUGAAGGAUGGAACCGAUGGAGGAUAAGAGAGUUAGAUCCCGUCGAAAGAUGCCGUAAGUGCCACAGAAUUGAACACAGGGGGGCCAGUGUAAAUAUAAGGAAGAUGACAAAAAUAACUGCCACAAGUGUGGAGGGGGCGAACACAAAAAAAAUGCACUAA